AUGCCCUGCCCCAAACCCACCCCCCGGCAGCGUGGCGCUCCCCCAGCCCCCCCAUCGCCCUGGCCGUGGGCACGCAGGCGCCGCCCAGGUCAGCGGGCAUUGCAGGAGAUCCGCAGGUAUCAGAGCAGCGCCCGCCUGCUGCUGCGCCCCGGCCCCUUCGCCCACCUGGUGCAGGAGAUCUGCCUACUCUUCACCCGUGGGGUGAAUUACCACUGGCAGCGCAUGGCCCUGCUGGCGCUGCAGGAGGCGGCAGAGGCCUUCAUCGUGCGGUUGCUGGAAGACACGUACCUGUGCUCGCUGCACGCCCGCCAAGUCACCCUGUUCCUCAAGGAUCUGCAGCUGGUCCGGUGCCUGAGAGGAGCCGAGGGGGGGGGGGCAUCUGAAUGGCGACCCCCCUGA